CAAGGUUCCCCCAGAUUACACAAAGAGCCUCAAUCUAGAUGGUGCAACUCCAGCUAGCAACAUGAGCUGCUUGUACCUCACCUUUAUUGCUUUUCUACUGAGGAUUAUUUUCUGAUCAGUUAUGGUGGAGACGGAUUUUUGUAACCCCUGUUUGACAGCAGUGAGGGUGCUGAGGGUUUCCCUUGUGGAUGAACUGGAAGGACACAUCGACUCCCUGCUGGAGGUCUUAGUGAGUCGGGGAGCGUUCAGUCGAGACGAUCGGGAGGUCGUGUUGUGCCAGCUGGGGCCUCGGGCGAGAGUACGGACGGUGUUGGAUAUAGUGGAGUGUAAAGGCGAGGAAGCGGCUGAGAUUUUUCUGUCUGCUAGAAAUCAUCGUCAGAACUCCAAAGAGGGGAACGCAGAUCAGCCUCAGUUCAAAGAGUACAACAAAGUCAAACAGAAGCACAAAGACGUCCUCAGGCGCAGGAGUGAGAGCAUGCUUUUCUACAACACCCGACACGGAGAGAAAAUACUUUUCUCCGAGCAUUAUGUCAACCUCCUGUUAGUCGACGGACAUCAAGGCUUAGAGAUUAAAAGACACGAGGUGCUGACCUUCGGACAGAAGCGACUAUCUCUGCAACAGAAGUCAGCGGCGCACAGGAAAAUCACACCAGCCGAACUGUUCUCAAGUUCAAACGGAGUCCGUCCGGUUAAGAAAGUUCUGGUGACAGGGGUGGCCGGAAUCGGAAAAACCAUCCUUGUGCAGAAGAUGUUGUUUGACUUUGGCCGAAAUAAGGAUCAUCUUACAUUUGACUUUAUCAUCCACAUGACCUUCAGAGACUUGAAUCUGAUUGAUAAGCUGACAAGUUUCAGGGAGCUGGUGUUGCGUAAAAACAGACACCUUGCUAAAGAACUGGAUAACAUCUUAGAUAAUGACAGCAAACUGCUCAUCAUCCUGGACGGCUUUGAUGAGUUCAAACACUACAGGAGCUGCGAUGUUGAUGUAUUUGUGACUGAGCCAGAUGAAGAAGCAGAGGUGACGGAGGUUUUUGGUAGUUUGAUGCUCGGUGAGCUGCUACCCAACGCCUCUGUCAUGCUCACAAGUCGACCUGCGGCCAUCAACCACAUCCCUGUUGGCUGCAUCGACCGCUUCGUCCUCAUCUCUGGCUUCUCCUUGGCCGAAGUUCAAGACUUCUUCUUACGUUAUUUCCAAGACAGCUCGCUUGCCGACCGCAUGUUCGCAGUGGUCUCAGCAAACGAGCUCAUGCUGACACUGUGCUACAUACCUGCAUUUUGCUACAUCGUGUGCUGCAUCCUCAAAGAAAGCAAAGAUCUCUGCGGAGAAGCCCCGAAGACCAUGACGGAUAUUUACGUGCAGUAUCUGGUGGCUUUGCUUCGAUCUCACACCCAAACAAGAACUGAAACUUUUCCUCAAGACCAAAAGGCGGGAAGCGUCCAGCAGCUAUCUGAUAUUGUGCUGAAGCUGGGCCGACUCGCCUUCCAAAAGCUAAUGGAGCAUCAAACGUUGUUCUACAGCAGCGACCAAGAUGUUGCAGCGUUGGCAGGAAGCAGCCUCGUCAGUACCUUCCUGGAUAAGACUGUUGCACAAGAACCCGGCUGCACUGAGGAGGUUUUUUCCUUCGCUCAUCUUACUGUUCAGGAGUUCUUUGCUGCUCUUCACUGCGCAGUGACAGAUCAGACUUUACCUGAUGCACUUCAGAGCUCAGGACUUCCUGGAGAGGGAACAACCAACGGACACUUGGACCUUUUCAACCGCUUCCUCUCCGGAAUCCUCUCCGAGCGUAAUGCCAGUUUUCUAUCCAGACAGGUGGGGUUGUGUUGCAGCAAACAGAAAGUGGAAACCUAUCGUGAGAAAAUCACCACAGAGCUUAAGAUGCUGUGUGAGAAUGGAGCUCACAUCCUGAACUGCUUGCACUGUCUGUUUGAGCAGCAAGACCCCUCGUUGGCUCUCGCCGUGCAACCGACAGCGCUGCGAGUCAACGUUAGCGAUGAAACGCUCUCUCAGAUGGACUACAAUGCCAUCAAGUACUUCCUAAACCUCACAAAAGGUAAAAUAUCAGAGCUGGAUCUUACAGGGACUGGAGUGAGCAGCGACGCAUUAAGAGAUAUUCAACCACUGCUGCUCAGAUGUGUGGAUCUUUGGCUUGGAGAAAACAACCUUGACAUGGAAUCCGUGCAGGUCAUUGCUGAUGUGCUGCGAGUGUCAGAAAGCAUCACCCACCUCGGGCUUGGAUGGGCAAACAUUGGUGAUGAUGAAAUUCUGACUCUUAGUAGUGCCAUACGGGUGAAAAAAACCCUUCAAGAACUGUGGAUGGAGGGCAACCGAGUGAGCUACAGAGGUCUGCUGUCGUUCAGCGACUUGACUCCAGAGCCUCUACAAAAAGUUGUAGCCAUUUGGAAUGACCUGGAAGACGCAGAGCCAGAGGAAGUACGCACCCGAGAGAGCAUAACGGUGAAUUUCUCAGAUGAUGACAUGUGGGACGCGUGGGGUCAGUGGGUGUUCAGACGGUGUGAAGUCAGCAGCAAUGAGAAGCUGGUGACGGUGCUCCACAAAGUGUGCAACGUAUCGGCCUCCUGCUUGGAAGCCCGCUGGGCCAAGACCUUCUACAACCAGCUGGCACAGCUCAUCAAGAGCAGGAUCGAGUGCUGCACCGAGGACGACAUGUGCAAGAAGCUCAGAAAGUUUGACCACAUUUUGAACCUGUGACGAAGAUGAAACUGGCUUCACCAAAAUUCAGAUCUUUUUUUUUUAUUAGUUGCUUCCCUUGUUGUGAAUCUGCUUCCACAUUUUAAGAGUUUCGUGCCAGUAAAAGUUUUAAAACCACUGCUUUACAGUGUUUCAAGGUGCCUGUGAAUCCU